CAGGACGUUGGCAGCAGGCGCUGGAAACGGUGCGGCAAUAUCUGCAGCAAGGGCGGCAGGCAGAUGUGCAGAUGUAUGGCGCACUCCUGGGGGCAGUCGCCCACUCGGGUCAUUGGAAGGAGGCACUUAUGCUUCUGGAAGAGUUGCAAGAGGAAAAGUUGCAGCCCAACGAAGUGGUCUAUGGUGCGGUGCUGCGAAGCUGCAGAAUGCAGGGGCAGUGGCUUGAAGCUUGCCAGAUCUUGGCGAAUGCGAAGUUGGCAGAAGUUCCACUGACCGUCCGACUGUCAAGUGAGCUGAUGAACGUGUGUGCGCGGAGAUCUGAGGGGAUGUUGAGCUUCUGCGUUCGCAAUGACCAAAGUGCCAUGUGGCACACUUCUGAGGCAAGCUUCAGAAUGGCAAGUUGCUUGCUCGGCGCUGGCAGAGUUGCAAAGCCUGCGGCUUGAAGCUGAUGUUGUGGCAAAGAAUUCCGCGAUUGCAGCGUGUGCUCGGGGCUUUGCUUGGCCAGCAGCGUUGCAGCUGCUUGAAGACCUCGCAGUGCCAGGUGAAGUGAGCUACACCUCCGUGAUCAAUGCCUGUGGCAAUGGUCAUGAAUGGAGCUUGGCCGUGCACCUCUUGAGCUUGAUGAAAAGUUCCUGGAUCAGCCCAUCACGUAUCAGCUGCAAUGCUACAAUCAGCGCCUGUGAGAAAGGUCAAGCAUGGAGGGAGGCGCUCUCCCUAUUGGACGUUGGGAGCUGCGAUGUCGUUGCCUACAGUGCUGCCAUGAGUGCGUGUGCUCAUGCGACGCACUGGCAGGAGGCCUUGGAACUUCUCAGCCUCAUGAAGACAACCCAGGUUCAGCCAGACGUGGUGGCCUUUAGCACAGGGAUCUUCGCUUGUGAGCAGGCGGCUUGCUGGCAAGGUGCUCUGGAGUUGCUGUGUCCUGAUCCUGUGGCCUACACGUCUUGCAUUGGUGCUUGUGCGCUGGCGCAAAAGUGGGAAAUGGCGACCCAUUUGUGGGAGCUAUUGGCGCAGCCUAGUAAACUCGGCAUUCAACCAACUGCGAUGAGCUAUGCUGCUGUGGCCUUUGCACAUGGUGCAGCUCGACGCUGGCAACAAGUACUGGAGUUGCAGGUCCAAGUCAGAAAACUGGGUUGGCUGCCAAGUGGCAUGUACUCAGCCAUCACCAGGGGUCUUGGCGGUGCAUUGCAGUGGGAGAAGGCCUUGGCCUUGCUCCCCGAGAUGCAGGCUUUAGGACCUGCACCUGAUGAGAUAGUUUGCGGUGGACUGAUUGCAGAGUGCGCAAGAAGCUGGCAGUGGAGCCAAUCCCUUUCGCUGUUGGAUGCCAUGAGCAAGAGCUUGGUUACGGCUGAUGCAGUUACGAAUUCCUUGCUGCUAGGUGUUUGCAGUCGAGCACAGCACUUCGCGAAAGCUGUGCCCGUUCUUUGCAAGAACGGGCAUUUGCGCCUUGCUGGUGCGGCUGCUGUGGCGGCACAUGCUGUGGCGCAGCGGGCCAAUGCUGCCGGCUGGAGGAUGCUCAGUGAUGUAGCUCAAUUAGCACGGGCUCCGGAGUGGCAGCAGCGGAGCAAGGACAUAGAGCCACUUUCAAGUCUUGAGAGCAGGGGAUGCCUGGAGGAGGCUGCUUGGCGUGCGUGGGGAAAAAAAUGAGGGUCACACCGUGCCUCAAUUUGCUGUGCGGCGAGCAGGACAAGCAGGUUUGACAGGUUUGGGGGUUCCCAAUUUUUUUAGAUUAAUAACCUCAACACACCACUUUUCGGAUCGGAGGCUAAAUGGGGAGCCACCACUUUCAGGUUGGGUGCAGCAUAAAAACUGCUAUUCCACGCAGGUUCAACCUGGAGAAAGCUCACAUCAUCCUGGAUGAGAUGGUGUUGGACGGUUGCAUCGUUGACACCAACAAGGCAGCGAUUCUGAAUCCGCUGUAUCUGCUGGAGAAGCACUCGAGUUGAUUCAACCAAGC